UGACAUGACGUCAUUCUUCAAAUGUGUGGGUACGAGUUCGUGACAGAAUUGUAAUUAUUAUGGUGAGAUAGGUUUGGUAUUUUAUUAUUUGGAAGAACGUUUGUAAGGAGGUGAUCUGCGAAAAUGCCGCUGGAAUGGCUGUUCGGGAAGAAGAUAACCCCGGAGGAGAUGCUGAGGAAAAACCAGCGAGCGCUCAACAAGGCCAUGCGGGACCUCGACAGAGAGAAGAGCCACAUGGAACAACAAGAGAAGAAGGUCAUAGCAGACAUAAAGAAACUCGCUAAAGAAGGGCAGAUGGAUGCUGUGAAGAUCAUGGCGAAAGAUCUGGUGCGUACGCGACGAUACGUGAAGAAGUUCAUGCUGAUGAAAGCCAACAUACAGGCUGUUUCGCUGAAGAUCCAGACGUUGCGGUCCCAGAACGCCAUGGCGGAGGCGAUGAAAGGAGUCACCAAAGCAAUGCAGAGUAUGAACAGGCAACUGAACAUGCCACAAAUCCAGAGAAUCCUUCAGGAGUUUGAGAAGCAGUCUGAGAUCAUGGACAUGAAGGAGGAGAUGAUGAACGACGUGAUAGACGACGCCAUGGAGGACGAAGGAGAUGAAGAGGAAAGCGACACCAUCGUGGCCCAGGUGCUGGACGAGCUGGGGCUGCAGCUCAACGACCAGCUGUCGGGGCUGCCCCAGGCGGGCGGCUCGCUGGCCGCGUCCUCGCGCCAGCCGCCCCAGGCCGUGGCCGCCGGCGGGGGCCCGGGGGCGGGGGCGGGGGCGGGCGCUGGGGCGGGGGGCGCCGGCCCGGCGUCCGACGCCGACGCCGACCUGCAGGCGCGCCUCGACAACCUGCGGCGCGAGUGACCCCUUGCUCCACGCGUCUCCUCGCUUCACUUGCAGAGUUCCGCCUCUCCUCCCGUGCACGGGGGAACGUCAGUGUGCUGUCAUCUCGAAAACCAGAGCGUUUUCGAAAUGUCGCAACUUGUGAAUUAUUUUACGCUUCAGCCUUUUUUUUUUUUUUUUUUUUUUUUCCUUAUCCCUUUCCCCCCUUAUCUGUUAACCAUGCAAUUCGUAGUUUUAAAAAACCUGAAGCUGGUGUGUGUUUUGUAAUGUAAAAGCAGCCUAGAUCAUAUCGGAUUUAAAUUAGUUAAACCGCAUAUUUCAAACAGUAGGUAUAUAAGUUAACGUGUCUGUUAUUUGAAUUCCAGGUGGUUUUUUAUCUAUGUUGUAAUUUUUAUGUAAAUAAAAUCUUAUAUUAAAGUUA